AAUCAAUAAUAACAUGGCUGACAUUUAUAACCGCCCCUCUCGUUUGACGCCAUUUUUGUUUUGAUGAAAAUAAACCAUGAAAAUCUUCCAAAUUCAGCGAUAUGCCAGUUGUAUUUGCAGUACCCAUGGUGAAAGAUGUAACAGUUCAAGAAUAGGAUUUCAGCAGUGGUUGACAAGAAUUUUUGAAGUUGCCUGUUUCUGCUUCGAAGCAGAUUCAAAUGAACAGUUGGCCAUGGAAUAGCAUAAACUUUCACAAGUUUGUUUCAAAGAUAGAAAAGACCUAUUUCUUCAGAACUUUUUAAAUACCCUACACUUACAAUGGAUGAAAUUGUGUAAAAACAUCAUGUGAGUGGUGAAAAGUACUGGUUGUGUGAAUGGUUGUGAAAAAACUGAUACAUGUGCUGAAGUUGUCUUAAAGACUGAAGAAGCCACUUGGAUAAUGUUUCAUAAACAUUGAAAAUAUUGAAACUCUGUACUUGAAAGUCCUGUAAGAGGGACGGUACAGGAUUUUGUAAAGGUUUUAGUUUGAUGUGGUCAGGGAUAGAGUAACAACAUGGACAAUCAGUUGUUUCCUGGGGGUGGGGCAUUCCUGGAUGAUGUAGCCCAGGUGUGUCCACUCUGUGGAAUGAUGUUUAACAACACGUUAACAUACCAGCAUCACAUGCAGCUGCAUAUACUGUCUGCCAAUGCGAUGUUAGGGAACCAGCCACCUCCUGACCCAGGGAUUGGAAUGCCCACGCCAGCAAGUAUCUUGGAUCUGAUGGGUGGGGUAUCACAGCAUGCCCUGUCUACUGGUUCAGGUGUCCCUUUGGUUCCUCCACAAGCAGUUUUCUCAGGAGCGGCUGCUUCUAUGACACCUCAUAUGAUUUCUCCAGGUGUGGGACUUGUAACAGGUCCUCUACCGAACAUGGGUCUUCCCCAGCAGCCAAGUGGCAGGGCUAAGGAGAAAAAGCAAAAAUCUCAAAGCGUCAAAUCUACUAGUAUCUCCAGUAACACCAACACUACCCCUUCAGCACAGGCACCUUCAGGAUCUGGGACAUUUAAAUCACAUGAAAGUUCUAGCUCUACAUAUAUAUCGACUUUUCCAAAAGAUUUACAAAAAAUGGAGCACAUUUCUCAGAAGCCUCAAAAUGCUCAGCACUCUCAAAAUAAGAUUCCAUCAGAUGUGUUCCCUUCUACAGCACCACAGCUUGAUCCCUUAGAGGCCCUUAUUUUUACAUCUCCAGUGAAAACGAGCGCACCAGGGUUUGACCGCCAGUUGUCUCGCAAAAGUACUGGGUCCCCACAAGAUUCUGGAAUUACUAUAAGCAAAGAAUCAAAGAAACUUUUUCAACCGUUUGUCUCAGCUGAUACAACAGUAACUGCUGGUUUUGUGACUAAAGCAAAUACACUCUAUCCGUCAGAUAGUUUGCUGUCUCCAGUUAAAUCAGGUACUAGUAAAGCACCUCUUCUAGAUGUCCUCUCCACACCACAAAAAAUCUCUUACCACAGCAAUAAUGAGAAUCUCUUAACUUCUCCACCGACACUUCCAAACACUUCAAGUGGAGAAGUGAGACAUUUUGGAAUGUUUCAGGAUUCUGAAGUUGCUUCAGUACCCAUUGAGCGAAAGUUGGAUUUACCUACUAAAAUAAGCUCUCAGGAUCAUGACAAAGUUCCUUCAAAGUCACAAUAUUUCCCUGACAUAAUGGAUCCAUUAAAUAUUUCACCAAAGGCAGGGUCUGUGAGAAAGAAAGACAUUGAUUCAUUGAUAAAGAUGCCAGUACAUCAGGGAUCUUUGGAUCACAGCAGCAGCUCAAGUCCAGUGCCAAGACCAACACUGCCUAGCGAGUUUGCCACAUUUAGAGCUGAUUCAGCAAGAACUAUGGUUUCUCCGAAAGUGUCACCGGCAGUACCUAGUGGUAUCCUCGAUUCUGAUUCCACAUCCUUGUCAUCAAAACCUCAUAUGUUUGGUGGUGCAGCAGCAGCAGCUGAGGUUUUGCCAACAGCAGGCGUGCCAUCUUCAACACCACCAGUAUUUGGCAGCUCAGUUACUAAUGCUGGUGGUCAUUCGUCUCUAGCUAGUCCUGCUAUAGAUAUAACACUUGGUACUGGAUACUUUAAUGCUCUCACACAAAAAUUUAUAAAUCCGACUUUUUCUCUUGGUGGUGAUUUUAAUAAACCUGGUACCUCUGGUACAGCUGGUGAUCCUGAUGGUCAAAAACAAAAAAUAUACUUUGAGAAUGGAGUAAUUAUGAAUCAGGAUUAUGACAAAAUCAGUGACACUAAUGAUGAAGACAAUCUGGAACGUUUAAUAGAUGACAUUGACACUAAAAGCGAGCCGAUUAUUGAUAAAGGUUAUUCUGAGAUUGAAGAUUUAUUAAAUGAAUUUAAUGAGAAACAAGAAGAUAUGAAAAAUAAGAGUCAACUUGAUGAUUUUAUGAAAACUGAGGAUUUCCUUAAAAAUGUUAUUGAAGAUACUUCUAAAAGUAAAAUUGACACCAGCAUUAAAGUUGACGAACCAGCCUUUAAUCCACCAGAAGAAUUUGAAAUGAAUAAAAGUAUCAUAACUGAUAUUUUGGAGCAAGAAAAAGAAAGAAUUGAAAAAGAGUCGACUGAACUGGAAAAUGCACGUCUAAGCAGUUUAAUAAAUACAUCUUCUGUCACCUCCUCUUCAGUGACUGUAUCAUCGUCAACAGCAACAAGUACAGUAACUUCAGUGUCAAAUACUGAACCAAAGGUUUCAACGUCAGCAGAUUCUGAAGAAAAGAAAGAGGAUGAUCACGUUGACUUUGAAAUACCCAAGGUAGGGAAAUUAAUGAAAAUCAGAAAAUAUUUUCAAAUUCAAGAACAAAAACGUAAAGAGCAAACUGAAAAGGUCACAGAAAUAAGAGUUCAUGAAAAAACUGAAGCACCCCCAGCUGAAGAUAAACCUCAGACUAUACUUGUUCAAGUCUCAAAAAGAAAGAAAAUCGAAUAUGGACCAUACUUGAAUCGGCAGUCUUUAUUAGAAGGCAAACCAAAGGCAAAUAUUGAAACAACGUCUCCACCUAAAACUUACCGUCCAAAGCCGAAACCACCAGUGCCAGAGAAAAGAACAUUUAAUUUAAGAGAAAGAAAAACAAAAACAGAUUUUGCAACUUUGGCUACUACUGGGUCAAGGACAGCUGAAACUAAGAAAACAGAUACAAAACAGAAAGAAAGUGAAAAUACUGAAAAGAACAAAAGUGAGAAGGAAGUCAUAGAAGAAGUAAAAGAUGAAAAGUCAGAAGAAAAGAUUGAAGAAUCUGUCUCUAAAGAUGUUAAAAUUGUCACAAGAAAUCAAGAGAAAAAGAAAGAAAUAGAGUCUCAGGUUGAUAAAACCAAAUCUAAAGCUAUCAAAGUAUCUCCUAAAUCUAAUAGUGAAUCUGUUAAAGAUAAAGAUAAUGAAAAUGAAACAAAACAGAAAGACCUAAAAGCAGCGUUACGCACAAGAAGUGCUAGAACUGAAGCAGAAAAUGCAGAUGGCAAAAAUUUAAGGAAACGAACCAUUAAAUCCACAGCAGCUGGUGAUGUCUCUGGCUCAAAAGUUAAAAUAAAGAAGAGUGGUGAAUCUGUACAAAAGGUGAAUACAGAUUCUGUGCAAAAAGCAAAUACUGAAUCUGAAGAAAAGGUUACACGUAGUAAAAGCAAAAUUAAGACAACACCGGAAAAAUCAGGUAUAAAAAAGUGUUCAGUUAAUUUAGGUGAGAAAUAUAAUGAAACAAAAGCUAAAAGUCUAAUAGAUAAGUCUGACAAUAAAGAAGGUAAUACAGCAAAUGUUCCAGGCAAAUGUUUAACACAAGAGCUGGUUAGUAAAAUGGAUGUUGAAGAUUAUGAUAAUCAGAGUAAUACUUUAGAAUUAAAAUCAAAUGCAGCUGAAAAAGACGAAUCUAAAAAGUCAUGUGUGAAAGAAAAAGAACAAACAGAUAAUUUAGAAAGAAUGGAAACAUCUGAAGGUUCAGCAGGUAUUGCUGAUGAGGACCAAAAAAGUAAAAAAGAAGAAAAAUUGACAAAUGUUUCAGAACCCAAGGUUACUGAACAGGUUGAUAAAAAAGAAAACGAGAAAGUGCAGUUGAAAGAGGGUAAUAGUACAUCUCAAAAGGUUGGCAGAAAAGGGAAUAAAAGCAGGCACGAAAGAAGCAACAGAAAAGAAAGCAAUAUAUUUGAAAAGAUUGAUCAGACUGAGUGCUCAACGAAAAAGCGUUUAUCAAACAUAACAGACGAAAGUCAGAUGGUUAGCAUAACAUCAACAGACAAUACUGAUAAAAAGGUUACCAUGAAAUUAAAACUUGGUCCAAACUUUCAAAAGGCAUUUGAGUUAUUCAAUCCGAAGAAAAGAAAACAUGAGGCAAUUAGUGAAAGUGGACAGACCCUUGAAAAGGAAACAAAAAAGGAACAGAAAAUAGAAAAGAAAUUUAAAGAUUUUGGUGAAACUGAAAAGUUUGAAGAUUCCAAAUCAGAAAUUUUUGUUGAAAAGGAGUCUAAAAAAGAACAGAAAGUUGAAAAGAAACACAGAAAAGCAAUUGAAACUGGCCGAUUUAAAGAUUCCAAACUUGAAAUAAGUGAUGAAAAGGAAACAAAGAAAGAACAGAAAAUUGAUAAGACAUUUAAAGAUGAUGGUGAAUCAGACAGAUUGAAAGAUUCCAUACCUGAAAUAAGUGUUGAAAAGGAAACAAAAAUGGAACAAAAAACUGAAAAGAAACUCAAAAAUGCUGGUAAAACUGACAGAUCUAAAGAUGCCAAACCUGAAAUCAGUGCUGAAAAGGAAGCAGAAAAGGAACUGAAAAUUGAAAAGAAACUGAAAGAUGCUGGUGAAACUGAUAAAUUUAAAGACUUCAUACCUGAUGUCUUUGUUGAAAAUGAAACAGUGAAGGAACAAAAAAUUGAAAAGAAGUUCAAAGAUUCAGGUAAAAUGUAUAGAGUUAAAGAUUCAGAAAUUGAAAUCAGUGUUGAAAAUGCUACAGAAUGUAGCAUGAAAUUGAAUGAUACAAUAGAAAAUGCCAUAGUUCAAAAUUCAGGUGUUGAAAAGAAUUUUUCUGAUGAAAAUAACAAAGAUACUUCUGAGCUUGAAGCUAAGAGUACAGACCUUGAUAAUAGUUCCAAAAUCAAUAUUGAGAAUAAUGAGAAUACAGGGCAGCAUGUAAGUGAAAAAGAAAUCAAACAGGCAAUUGAAAUGGACCUAAAUAAAGAAAUAAAAGAGGAAAAAGUGGUAAAGAAAGUUAAACAUAGUGUUGAAAAUGAAUUUCAGAGACUUGUAAAUGAAGCUAUGGCCGAAGCACAAAAGGAAGGGGAGACGGCAAAAUCUAAAAACUUGAGAAAAAGAAUAAAUGAAAAUGUGAAGUACAAUGUUGAUGAAUCAGAUGAUGAGCUUGAUAGGAUAAAAAUGUUACAAGAAGAGUUUUUUAUUAGUUCUAAAGGUCAUAAAACAACCCCUAAAGGCAAUAAAAUACAAGGGAAAGGUCAGGGUUCUAAAGGAAAAUCUAAAUUGGAAAUAACUGGAACAAAGGACAUUGAUACAGCGAAACAACAGCAAGCUAAAAAAGAUGUAGAUGUAUAUGAUUUUACUGACACUGAAAUGAGUGACACAGAAGAAAGGACUCCAAAGAAAUUAGGUUUUAAACCCAAGUAUGUGAGCAAUUUGAAUUUGUUUGGCCAGAAAAAGCUGCCUUUUGUCUCAAAACCUAUGUCUCCUGUGGAAAGUCUAAAAUCUGAUAAUCACGUGGAAAGUCUGCCAGAAGCUGUUACUGAAAUUGCUCCAAGUAAUGACUCUGAAAAUGAAAAUGCUGACACUAGUAUUUCAUAUGUUGGAAAAACAGUAGAACCUUUAAAGAUUAAAUUGACAAAAAUAAUACCCUUUAAAGAGAAAAAACACAAGCAUAAGAAGAAGAAAAGGAAAAGAGAAAAAGAAAGAAAGGAAGAUGAUAUUGAAAAAAUAGACAGUGAAAGUAGAGAUUCUGUGGAAAGUGGUGUAGCUAAGAAAAAUGAAGAUGGGGCUGUACUAAAGAGUGAGGUUGUUUGUGAAUCUGAGAAUUUUGAAAUAAAAAAGAUUGAUGAAGUUAAAAGUGUUGACAGUAUUGGACAAGAGUCAAACUCGAACUCCAAUGAAGGAGAGGAUGAACCAGCGGAAAGUGGAAAUAGUACUAGGUCAAAUAGGCGUACAAAACUGAAAGAGAAAAAGCAUAUAUGUGAGUAUUGUAAUGUGGGUUUUGGACAGAAGUGUGAUUUGCGUCGCCAUGUUAUGAUUCACACAGGGGAGCGACCUUAUCCCUGUCAGAUUUGCGAUAAACGGUUCCAGCGAAAAACUGACCUUGUAAAACACACAAGAACACAUACAGGUGAAAAACCUUAUGCAUGUGAAUUUUGUGACAAACGCGUUUCAGAUAAAAGUCAGUUAAAUGUGCAUCGCCGGCUUCAUACUGGAGACCGUCCAUAUUGCUGCUCCAAAUGUGGAAAAAGAUGUAUUACCAGUAGCGAAUUGUCGAGACACAUGGCACAUUGCAGUGAAAAGAUGGUUGAAAGGUGUAGCCUUUGUAAAAAAGCAUUUACGAUUAAAGAGUGCUUAGGAAUGCAUAUGAAACUUCAUUAUAGAAGUCGAGGAAAGUCAUUCAAGUGUGAAAAAUGUGUUAUAGGGUUUGAUAAGAAAACUGACUUGGAUAAUCACCAUUGUGUUGAUCCCAUAAGCUAUGUUUAUGUGUGUAGUGAGUGUUACGAGGAAUUUUGUGACGAGAUGCUCUAUGCCGAACAUAUCAAGGCUCAUGACCUGGGUGUGUUGGCGUGUAAUGUCUGCACAAAUAUCUUUGAGGACAAGCAUAGUCUAGAAACUCACAUGUGUGGUAUGGGUGUGGAGAAGCAGAAACAACUAGCGUGUGAAAUCUGUGAAACAGAGUUUCAAGAUCAAGAUUUGCUUAAUCAGCAUGUGGCAUCUCAUGAUAACGACGAAGGAACGUUUAUGUGUGAUUUUUGUUCAGACAUUUUUAAAGUGCGCAAACAGUUGAUUGAACAUUCUAAGCAGCAUGAUGUAGUGAUGGGACCGUCAGUCGGAAAUAGUCCGAGAACUCCAACCACAUCUGUUGCAUCUAGUCAAAUUACAGAAACAGGCCAGUCAUUAACUGAUGUGGUGCUGAAUAAUGUGGAAAUUGAAAGCCGGAAGGAAACUGAGAAGUUUACGACUAUAAAACAGGAAGUUGAUUCAAAUGAUUUUCAAUUUUUAAGUGCGGGUCGUGAAAACUUGUUGAAUACGAAAGAAAAUGCUAGAAAUGUUAAAUCGGAGAUGUUUGGAGUUAUUCCUGGGUUGCCUAGCAACAGAUCAAGAGCUAGUGUUAUUUCAGGAACAUUCAGGAUUGAUGAUGAAAGUGGUGAUUCUAGACAGUCUAAUAUGCAGGAAAGGGCAACUUUUCCGCGAGGUAACUUGAGUGAUGAAAAUUUCAUUAACCUACCUGAUAAAAGCACUAUAAAUAGAACUUCCAGUAAUGCUAGAUCACCAGAUUUUCUAGACAGUGAUAGGUUUUUUGAACCCUCUGAUUUUACUAAUUCACCAGAUUUCUCGACUUUAACGGAAAGUGAUGAUUUAGACCUCAGUCCCUUUGAAAGUGUAUCGAACUCGCUAAAGAAAGAUGGUGAUAAAAGUGUGAAAAUAAAUCAAAAUACAAGUGCUAAACAGAUAGACAGCAGUGCUUCAAUAGACUUGAAACAGAAGAUUAUGAAAAGGUUUGGGACAAACUCUCAGCCUUAUGGUGCCAUUCCAGUCUCAAACAGUCGUGUAACAACUAGACACGGUUUGUUGCGUCAGUCUUCGGCAAGAAAUUUGCCAUUACAGAAUUCACAGAUAAGUGCAUUGUUGUCAUCGGAUUCUACCGCCACUCAUAGUUCAGAUACUUCAGCAAGUGGUAAUCGUGGACACUUGCAUAGAUCGGCAUCUGCUGGCCAUACCUCUCAUUUUCCUAAUUCUCAAAAUAAUUUAAGUCACGGGACUGUGUAUCAGCAGAAUUCUCAAAAUAAACGAUGGUCAGGUUUCCAGAUAUCCGGCACAGAUUUUGGGAAUUCAUUAGACACUUUAGGUUACGAAUCAAAAUCAUACAGUGGUAAAUCUGAUCAUUUUACUCAAGGUCUUUCAAAAAAUACGGGAAGUUCUGUUAGUCUUGGUAACGGAAGCAAUGCAUUUAACAAGGAUAACAUAGAAAAUCAGAUGAAAUCAGAUAUGUUUCCGGAGUUUGACGUUUCUCCGAACAAACCUGCAAUUUCGCCGAACAACUUCGGAAACAGUUCUGCUGGUGCAUUUCCUGGAGUUAACCCGAAUUCUUUCAGCCCGAGACAGUUCAUUCAAAAUUUUCAAGAAAAAUCAGACUAUUCAUCAUUUGGUCAGUCGUUUCUUGGUACAUUUCCGCAGACUUCAUCAUAUGCCUCAAACGUGAGCAGCAGUUCUCUUAAAUCUAAUGUUUCAACGGAUGGUCCGUAUUCACUUGACACAAAUGUAACACCAGAUGUGAAUAAACGACACUUACAAGGCAUAUACUCUGGACGGUCAGAUAUCGUGCAAAAUACUCCCUUCUACCUCUCUGGUAUUGACGAUUCAAUAAAAGAUUUAGCAGGCAGUGAUAAGGAUGAAACCACCGCUCUGUUGUCAAAUUUUGACCAGUUUUGACUUUUAUAAUUUUUUUUAUUUCUCUCUUGCUGUUUAGAAUUACAGUUACAUAUUAUAAUAGAACUGUUAAAGAUAUUUAAUUGAAGCAAAUAUAAAGAUUCAGCUUGAAGGGCAUGUUAUAGUUGGUUUAGACAUUAAAGCAGUAUGCUGGUAAAUACACAUAAAAAAUUUUAAUGUUUUUUUAUGUCCCCAAAGGUGGGCAUAUUAAAAUCGCACUGGCCUUUCAUCCGUGUAAAUUCUUGUCUUGUAAAUUAUGGUUUAUCCAUAAACCAUAGAGGUCAAAGGUUAACAGUGUCUUAGAGGUCAAAGGUUAACAGUGUCUGUUUCAUGUCUGGUCCAUAACUCUGCCAUUGAUGAAGGGAUUUUAAAAAUACUUGACAUAAAUGUUCUGUAUAUUGAGAUGAUUUGUCAUGCUCAAGACCCAGACCUCAAGUUCAGACUUAGAAGUCAAAGGUGUUUCUUGUCUGAAAAUAAUUUGACACAAAUGUUAACCAUAUUGUGAAGGUGUGUCACGCUUAUAACCCGGGUCUCAGGGGUCAGGGUCACGAAAUGAUGUGUGUUUUUUUGCACAGACAGCUGUAAUGUUCUUGGGCACGCUUCAGGGGCAUUUAUCACCAAUAGUGACAGCUCUUGUUUUCAACAACAAGUUUAUAACAAUAAGUGAUGUUAUAGUUCUAAAAUGCGAUAUAUUUUUGAUACAUAUUAACUGCAAAGUACAGUUAAACACCCCAACUAUUUUAAUCUUUAUUUUACACUAUAACCAAAGAGGAUAAACUUACCCUGUAACUGCCGGGGAUCAAGAGCUUUUCUACAGAUUUUACAGAGUGCUUAGUCAUUUUGUUGUCGAGAUUACUGCUGAUAAAAAUACAAAUACUUAAUUUCUAACAAGGCCCAGCAGUUUGUUUUGUAUUCAACAAAGACGACUGCAAGUGUAGUUAAAUCAUAAUUAUAGCGUUUUUUCCAUAAACCAUCACACUUUGAAUAAACCGGACACCAAUAGCGUUUUUUCCAUAAACCAUCACACUUUGAAUAAACCAGACACCAAAUAAGUAAGUUUUUGGUUAGAUGGCGUGUUAGAAUUGAAAAAAAAAAAUUCUUGGAUAAUAUGAGUUUUUCAGAUUCAAAGAAUUUGAAUAAAGUUGGAGGCGAUCUGCUCUUGUUAUAUGCUAAAUUUAAAUUAAUCAUGAAUCAUUACAGAAGUUUUACUUUAGUUACAGUUUCAUUUAAAAGGUGUAAAUUUUCCUUUCAUAUGGUAAUUGUCAAGUACCGGCUGUAGCAACUAAGGGAGAUAGUUUGGGUUGUGGUAAUGUCUCAUAAGGGAGGAGUUACCUCCCAUCAUUCAGGCUUUCUUUAUUAUACUUAGGUGAUGGAAAACAUCAGAGUCCCAUGUUCUGUACUCAUUUCAUAUAUAUCUUUAUAAAUAUUUAUUGUAUGUGAGCACAUGUUGAAUAGCGCCACUUGUUGAAUUUUCAAAAAAAAGUUCCACAUUCUUAACCGUUAUCAUGCUUAACACGAUUUAUUCUGCCUUUGCAACCAGUGUAGAUUAUGAUCAGCCUGCACAUCUGUGCAGUCUGGUCAUAAUCUUCACUGUUCGCUAUUCUGUCAGUAUUUUUUUUGGUCAGUAUCUUUUUGGGAAGCACCCCUUUUAACAGAUAAUGGUACUGUUCAAAUUGAAAGAUGGACAUGUUCAUUAUAGAAAUUUAGCAGGGUAAGGGUUAAUAUAGGACAUGCAAAACAUUUUGACUAAAAGACAUUUAUUCACCUUGGAUUCAUGUGGACAGUUUGUGAGUUUCUAGAGGAAAACAUCUCAGGGAUUAGAAGAGAAUCGAGUAAUACAAGUAAAGUGAACUGAUAGCCGUGAAAAAGAUACUGUUGAAAAUUAGCAUAAAACUAAAACUAGACUGGCAGUUUUUGCAUUCUUUAAGAUGGUUCUUUUCAACACGAAGGCUCACAUUUUAAGAACAGCGUUGUUGUUUGAAUAUUGUUGUUGCUUUUAAUUAUAAUAAAUUAUACCGGUAUUUCAUAGAAGAAAGAUGUAGAAAUAUGUAAAUACUAUCAUUAGUUUGUAAUACAGACUGUCUGUUGUUUAGUACUGGGGUUAUGUGUAAUGCUGUUGUUAAACUUGUUAAAAGUUAUUUUAGAAAUUAUUUUCAAUAUUUUAUGCUUACAUUUGUGUAUUUGUUUGUGUAUCUCAUUUGAAUCACUGAUAUUGAACUUUUGUUUGUAAGUUCGUUUUUUGAGCUCAACUUUGCCAAAGAUCUGAAUGCGGUAUUCUGGUUAUUAAGCAUAUUUUGUAUGACACCUGCUAAAAUUAUUUUAUAGUCAGAUUUCAGGUCCAUGCGUCCGAGUUACUUAAUCAGAUAACUCAAGACUCGUCAGUAUUUUAAAGGCAUUGACCUCCAGAUCAUAUGACAACAACAAAAAAAAAAAAAGAGCAAUUUUUCUAAGUAUCAGAAAAUUAAUGCGAUAUUUCUUAAGAAAGCUUUGAAACUUAAUUACUGACAGACUAUAUGUUACGGAAGGAAACACAUGAGAAUUAGUUAUUUUUAUUUGUAACAUAUUCUCUAGGUAAACAGCCUUAAUUUUAAAUCUUUGUAUUUAGUGAUCAUUAAAUACGUACAAAUGUAUUCCUCUGUCAUGUAUUGAUUAAGAAUGCAGAAAACUUUUUAUUGGCAUGGCAGCCCAGGUUUGUUUCCCGACUCUGGCAUGUUUUGUUUUUUCUUGAUUGAUAGUUUAGAAACAAAAAACUCCUGUUCAAAUGGCAUAAUAUGACCAAACUUCAGUUUUAAAUAAAGAUCAUUUUGAAGUGAAAUCUGGAGUUCUGUGCCUUUAAUGAUUUGAUUUAAUACUUUUUUUUAAAGCAUCAAAGUUAUCAUUCUUGGCAAAGGGUAUGUAUAUUGUUGAUAGAAUUACACAAUUUCUGCCUAUUAAUUUGGCAAAAGGUGUUUGAUUAAUUGUGAAGCACUAUGAGAACAUUUGUUUAAGUAAAGAGUUGGUUCUCAAGUUGGUAAUAAAUUGGCAAGUAGGCCAUUAAAGCAACUGAUUUUGUCCAAACUUUAUAAGAUUAUUUCUAUAUUUUUAAAACCUGUUUUUGCUUAAUACAGAACUAUAUUAAGUUUAAAUCCACCCUAAAAAAUAAUAUAAAUACUCAGCAAAUCUGAUGCCAGAUUUUUUUUUGGUGAUCUUUGGUGUGUUAUGUACUCCAGUGAAUGAAUUUUAUUUGUUCCGAGGUUUUAUGCUGUUGUUGAUUCUUGAUAUCAUGACAUUGUAUUUAUUUUUAUGUAUAUAUAUAUAUAUCUAUAUCGAAAUAUCAUGUGUAAAAAUAUGUAUAAAUGUUACAAUGUUACGUAGUAAAUGUGCUCUAUUUCAAAUACUAGUAUUACUCCCACUGUUUUAUACAUUUAUACCUUUAUCGUUACCUUCCAGUAUGGCCAAUAUACAUUGUUAAAGUUUCAUCUUAACAGGUCUCUAGUUUUCCCCAGUAACAUUUUAGCUGCAGUAAUUGUAGGAUAUUAGAUAUGUUUGGCGAAAUAUGCGCAGGUUCUGGGGCGGAAAUAUUGGGCAACUCUAGGAACGCAAUAUCAGUCCGCGACAAGCGCGUAUAUCUUUUUAUACAAAGCUAGUACUCUUUAUUCUGAUGUGCUUGCUUCUCUUAAAACACGCAUACGCUGAAAUGACAUCACAUUAACGUGCGAUGACGUCAGGUUUUGUCGAGCCCGCUUGCGGAAGGGAAGACGUAAUUGUCCAAAUGGCUGUUCGGUGUAUGUGCGUGCGUCCGUCUGUGCGUGCGUCCGUCCAGAUUUGUUUGUCCGGACCAUAACUUUGACAUGCAUGGAGCAAUCUCAUUUAUAUUUGUCGUGAAUGUUAACCUCAGUGAGACGGAGUGUCAUGCGCAAACCACAGGUUCCUAUCUCAAAGGUCAAGGUCACACUUGGAGGUCAAAGAUUAAAUUCAAUAAUGACUUUGUCCGGAGCAUUUCUUCUUCAUGCAUGGAGGGAUUUUGAUGUAACUUGGCAAUUGUUCACCAUCAUGAGAUUGAGUGUCAUGUGCAAGAACCUAGAAUUACUUCCCUUUGUUGUUACUAUAAAUAGCUUAUAUUGUACUUUUUUAUUACUGGUCGUAGGGAAAAAUCAAGACCACUUUCCUGUAGUACAAUAUGCAUGUUACAUCCAAUUUUGAGGUGUAUUUUGACCUAUCUCUACUUGUAAGGAUUUUUGUGUGGACUUAGAUUUUUUUUAAAGAUUUACUUCCCUUUGUUGUUACUAUAAAUAACUUAUAUUGUAACUUUUUGCUAUCAUUUUUUAUUUGGCAUAAAUGUUUGCCUCAAUGAGACAGGGUGUCAUGUGCAACUCCUAGUCCUUUUGACAGCUGGCAGGCUCGACAUGUUGCCCAUGGGCAUCUAGUUUUUUGUUGCAACCACGAAAGAGCACUACUAGAUUAAGAGCAUAUUAGAAUCGAAAUAAUGUUUAGCAAAAGCGUGUUUUACCUAAAUUAAUACACUCAAAAUCGGCAAUACUUCACCAGAAUAUAACACUCGGGCUAUGCCCUGAUGAAAUUAUUCCGCGGACUUAUAACCUCUUUCUGUGUAUUAAUAAUGUUAAAUCAAUUGUUUUCUUUACAUUAUUUCUUAAUUAUUACAUGCGCAUGUAGACUUACAAUUAUUGCAUAAAUGAAACAGAUUUGUUUGGAGAUAUGAAACCAAAAUUUGUAGUCCUGUUUGGCACCAUAUGACCUAUACUGUGUUGGUGCUCCGUAAAACCCAAAUAAAUAAAUAUAUUAUUUGCCGAAGCGAAUAGAAAACGUAGUUGUUGAUAAACUUUUUGACAAUAACAGGACACAACAAUAUGAUGUCACAGAUGACAUCAGUAUGGGAAAGAUUGAUGUUUCAGGUUCUGUUGUAUAAAGAUGAGUUUGUAAUAAUGACUGUUUAAAAUGCUGCAGAAUGUUUGAAAGUAUGCAGGUUGAUCGAGGUCGUAAUGUCACUGCGUCCAUACCGCAUUAAUUCAUCUUCAAAAUUAUAUCAGGAUGCAUGCUCAGGUAGAUUUUAUGUUUUAAGAUUGUUUCAGUUUUUUUUUUAAACAUAGAAAUUCAGAGCAUCCUGAUGACAUUUCACCAUAUGCUAAAAGAAAGUUUAUUUAAUAAAACAGUCAAACAAAGAAAAUAAUCUGUUUUCAACAUAAAAAUCUUGUGCCAGGUCACAUGAAACUGUUAUGCCAGGUCGUAUGCCAAAAAAGUAAAACCAGCUGCAAAGCUUGAGUUGUUAAUCUUUAGCCUGCUGGCGGCAAAUGAUUCUGCCUUUGCGACCAGUGCAGACCAGGAUGCGCAGGGUGAUCAUUGUCUGCACUGUCCGCUAUUCAGUCAGUAAAUUUUCAGUGAACACCCCUUUGAAUAACAAGUGGUACUGCCCAAAUUGAAUGAUGGACCAGUCCAUUUCAGAAUUUAACAGGGUAAAGGUUAAGUAUGCAAAGAGGGUUGUUGUCUAUCAAAAUGAGCAAAGAACUUCCCAAACUACAGUGGCACAAAAAAAAAUUGUCAGUUUUUAUAUAAACAUGUUAAGUUAAAGCAGUGGACUUCUUAUGUCAACCAGCCAGUUACUUCUUCUCCAUAUAUGAAUUCAGCAUUCUCCAUUUCUCUGUGUAAAACCAUGUUCUCAUUGAGAUGUAUUUACAUGAGAAGAAUGCCAAAUUGCCUGAUGAGAAAAUGUAAUUACAGGAAAAUUGCAAAAUGUUAUUGUGGACUCGCUACCUUAAAAGCAAAACAACUGUAAGAAUGUUUUUUUUUGCUGUGUUUUCUUUUUAGCUCACCUGUCACAUAGUGACAAGGUGAGCUUUUCUGAUCGCCCUUCGUCCGUCGUCGGUGCGUGCGUGCGUCCGUCAACAAUUUCUUGUCUGCACGAUAGUGGUUUCAUUUGUGAUUUUAUUUAAACCAAACUUGCACACAAUUUGUAUCACCAUAAGAUCUCGGUUCCUUUUUUGAACUGGCCAGAUCCCGUUAUGGGUUCCAGAGUUAUAGCCCCUAAAAGGGCCAAAUUGAGCUAUUUUGAGCUUGUCUGCACAAUAGCAGCUUUAUUUAAGAUUCGAUUUUUACCAACCUUACACACAACUUGUAUCACCAUAAGAUCUUGGUUCCUUUCUGGAACUGGAACUGGUCAGAUUCCAUUAUGGGUUCCAGAGUUAUGGCCCCUGAAAGGCCUAAAAUCAGCUAUUUUGACCUUGUCUGCACAAUAGCAGAUUUAUUUAUGAUUUGAUUUUUACCAAACUUGCACACAACUUGUAUCACCAUAAGGGCUUGGUUCCUUUCUGAAACUGGUCAGAUUCCAUUAUGGGUUCCAGAGUUAUGGCCCCUGAAAGGCCCAUAAUCAGCUAUUUUUACCUUGUCUGCACAAUAGCAGCUUUAUUUAUGAUUUGAUUUUUACCAAACUUGCACACAACUAGUAUCACCAUAAGAUCUUGGUUCCUUUCUGGAACUGGCAAGAUUCCGUUAUGGGUUCCAGAGUUAUGGCCCCUGAAGGGGUCAAAAUUAGCUAUUUUGACCUUGUCUGCACAAUAGCAGCUUCAUUUAUGAUUUGAAUUUAAUCAAACUUGCACAAAACUUGUGUCACCAAAAGAUCUUGGUUCCCUUCUUGAACCGGCAAGAUUCCAUUAUGGGUUCCAGAGUUAUGGCCCCUGAAGGGGUCAAAAUUAGCUAUUUUGACCUUGUCUGCACAAUAGCAGCUUCAUUUAUGAUUUGAUUUUAACCAGACUUGCACACAACUUGUAUCACCAUAAGAUCUCGAUUCUUUUUUAUACGCCCACAGGGACGUAUUAUGUUAUCGCCUCGGUGUCCAUCUGUCUGUCUGUGUGUUGGUUAGCAAUUUCCCAUGCUCGUUUCAGAGAAAUCUGACACAAAUGUUCACUCAUUGAAAGGAUGUGCAGAGCGCAUGUUUCGGAUGGCUAAAUUCAAUGUCAAGGUCACACUUAGGGAUUAAAGGUCAUAUGACUUUGUUUUAUGUGAAUAUUGCUCUGCAUUUGUGUUGCAUUGCAGUGCUCUUGUUUUUAUUUGGCAGAUCCUUCUUUUGUUGGCUUACAAUAUUUUUUUAUAUUACUUCCCUUUUAUAUUACUAUAAAUAGCUUAUUUAGUAAUUUUUUAUUAUUGGCCGUAGGGAAAACCUGAGACCACUUUUCUGUGGUACAACAUGGAUGAUACCUCCAAUUUUUAGGUGUAAUUUGACAUAACUGUACCUUGUAAGAAUUUUUUCUUUAAAUUUUUUUUUUUUUUGGUUAAAGCAAUGAUACUCAGGUGAGCGAUAUAGGGCCAUUAUGGCCCUCUUGUUUUAGAGAAUACUUUUAAGACUUUCUGAAACUAAACAUUUUUCAAACAACUGUUGCUUGAAUUGCUUAAAUUUUCUUUUACAUACAUGUAUUAGGUUCUUACAUUCUAAUCUUGCCAAGUAUGGCAUUAUUUGAAAUUGUGUUACUAUUUUGUUUUCUGAGUUAAAAUUGUUGAUUGAUAACAGUGAUCAGUGAAAUGGUUUGAAUACGGCAUGGACAUAUUUAGCUCACCUAAGCCAAAGGCUCGAGAUGAGCUAUUGUGAUCACUCGCCGUCCAGCGUCCGGCUGUCCGUCCACACUUUCCUUUAAACAACAUCUCCUCCUAAACCAUCAGGCCAAUUUUGAUGAAACUUCACAGGGAUGUUCCUUGGAUGGUCUUCUUUAAAAACUGUUCAAAGAAUUGAAUUCCAUGUAGAACUCUGGUUGCCAUGGCCAGGUCAUAGGGAUUUUAUAUUUGGUAUGUAGCAUCAUCUAGUGGUCCUGGGGGUCACAUGGUUUACAUAGACAUAUAGGGAAAACUUUGAAAAUCUUGUCCAAAACCACAAGGCAUAGAUCCUCAGUAUUUGGCAUGUGACAUCAUCUAAUGGUCCUCUAUAAAGAUUGUUCAUAUUAUGCCCCUGGGGCGAAAAAAGGCCCCAUCCCAGGGGUCCCAAGUUUUACAUAGACUUAUAUAGGAAAAAAAACUUUAAAAAAUCUUCUUGUCUGAAACCACAAGACCUAGGCCUUUGAUGUUUGGUAUGUAGCAUUGCCUUGUGGUUCUCUACCAAGAUUGUUCAAAUUAUGCCCCUGGGGUAAAAAGAGGCCCUGCCCCGGGGGUCCCAAGUUUUACAUAGACUUACAUAGAAAAAAACUUUUAAAAGUCUUCUUGUCUGAAAGUUCAAGGCCUAUGCUUUUGAUAUUCAGUAUGUAACAUUACCUAGUGGCUCUCUAACAAGAUUGUUCGAAUUAUGCCCCUGGGGUGAAAAGAGGCCCCACCCCGAAGGUCAUAUUUUUUAUAUGAGUUAUACAGGAAAAAAUACUUCAAAAAUGAUCUGAUCAUAUUUCCUAGACUGUUUAAUUAUAAUUACUGUAUGUCCCCAAGUAGUUAGGGGUCAUUUGACUGUAACUUUGACCUACUGACCUACUUUCUUGUUUUUAGCUCGACUGUUCGAAGAAUUGGGGAGCUAUCCUACUUGCCCCGGCAUCGGCGUUAGCGUCACACAAAUGUUGAAGUUUGCAUACCACCCCAAAUAUUUUCAAAGUCCAUUGCGAUAUUGCUUUGAUAUUUUGCAUACUUGUUUACCAUCAUGACCCCAGUCUGUAAAAAGGAGGAGGCAACUCUAUCAAGCAUUUUGACUGAAUUAUGGCCCCUUUUCGACUCAGAAUAUGCUCAUUGUAAUGUUAAAGUUUUGCUCAUAGCUUAAAUUAUGCUAUCAAGCACUGAGAAUAGUCGACCGCGCUGUCAACUGACAGCUCUUGUUUAAGAUACAGCCUUGAAAUUUGGAUGACAUGUACAGUUUUGCGCACUGAUCUUAAAACUGAUUUUCAGUGACCAUGAAUGUGACAUACUGACCUACUUUCUUGUGUUUUAAGAUACUGCCUUGAAAUUUAGAUGACAUGUACAGUUUUGCACACUGAUCUUAAAACUGAUUUUCAGUGACCUUGAAUGUGACCUGCUGACCUACUUUCUUGUUUUUAUAAGAUAGAGCUUUGAAAUUUUGAUGACUUGUAUAGUUUUGCAUGCCGAUCUUAGACUUUCAGUGACCAUCAAUGUGACCUACUGGCUUUCUUUCUUGUUUUCUGAGCUACAACAAAAGGAUUUGGACCACCUGUAAUAUUUUUUUCACAGAUUUUAAAAGUAAUCUUGCAUAAUCUUUACCUUGGCCUACUCUCCUAAUUUUCUUGUUUUUAAAGCUUUAGCUAAGAAAUUUGUUCAAGCAAGCAACUCCACUCAGGUGAGCGAUAUAGGGCCAUCAUUGCCCUCUUGUUUCAUAAAAAGCUUGGUGUCCCACUUUGAGAGUACUUGCAGUUUUCUGUGUACUGAACUAAUUGGAUAUUCGUUUCUCCUUUUAACCUUUAGCCUGCUGAAGGCAAGGGAUUUUGCCUUUGCGACCAGUGCAACAAGAUCAGCCUGCACGUCCAUGCAGGCUGAUCAUGGUCUGCACAAUUCGCUAUUCAGACAGUAAAUUUUCUGUGAACACCCCUUCGAAUAAUAAAUGGUACCACACAAACUGAAUGAUAGACUAGUCAUGCACCUCCCUUUAAAAGUACCUGCAGUUUCUUUGUAUUAUAAAAUAAUUGGAAACUUGUGUCUCUCUUUAAAAGGUACUUGCAGUUCCUGUGAACUAAACUAAUUAGGAAAUUGUGAUUUUAUGAAUCUCAUCUUUAGAUAGAUAUUAAAACAGAGCGAAAUGUAGAUGCAUGAUUUGAGUUUAUUUUAUUGCUGAAAAUUGUCGAUGAAAUAGCUGUACCAGAAAUGUUUGUUUGAACACAUUUUCUGCCUUGCAAAAUGUUCUUUAAUUACUUUAUACAUUAUUUAGGUUACAGCAAAUAAAUCUUUGUUAAUUACUAUAAUAAAGACUUUUUAUGGUGCAGAAAAUCGCUGUAUUUUGUUGGAAAAGGUUUGAAUUGCACAUUUUGAAAGGUUACCAUAAAUUAUUUCUUUGUGUGAUCUUUGGGUUGAGAAGAAAUAAAAAAUAUGUUUUCUGAAACUACUGCAAUAUAGGCUAGGAUACAGUCAAACAUGUAGACCAAGGUAAUCGUUAGAUAACAAGGUUUUUAGUGAAUUGCAGCUUGAUUUUACAAGCUCCAGAUAACCAUGUAAAUUAUUCAUCAUUCUCUUUGUCUCCAGGGCUGGUAGUUGGAACUUCGGGAAUUUAAUACUCUCAGUUUUUAUGGACGAAAGUGACUUUUAUACCUGUGUAAAACUGUGGCCCAUGAAAAUAAAAUUUUGAAACAAUUUUUUCUCAGAAAGUUUACAAAGAAAUGCUGCUUUUACGCUAUCCAAAAUAUCCUGAAAAUUUUAUAACAGUCCUUCAGUAAAUAAUUUAAUUUCAUGUUCAAAACUGUUGAAAUUUACAGGAGAAAAUACUAUCAGUUUUUGUUGUUGUUUUUUUUUUGUGUUUUUUUUUUAUGAUUUAAAACUAAGUAGUUAUUUUGAAAAUUGUUAAAGAUCUAGUUAUCACUGUAAGAUGAUGUAUAAUAAUAGUAUUGUGUUAUAUUUAUAGAGAAUUCAAGUAAAAACCUUGCUACAGAAAUAGCUAUUUAAACUGCAGACCUGUAAAACCUCUAGUUUCAUUUCAGAUUUGACGUUUAGAAUGUAUUUUAAUUUUUAAGGUAUAACAUGUACACUGAAAACAGAAGGCGUAUAUUGACUGUCCUGAUUUAGAGUCCUUUCAGCUUUCACUGUAUUUUGGUUUUGUUUAUUCUUUUAUGCAAUGCAUGUUGAUGUUAAUUAUGGUGCAUAGGUGUGACAGGUAGUGCUCAUACAAUCAAUGUUGUUAUGUUUUUCUGGCAUUUAGUAUACACUUGUUAAGUUUUGAUUCUUGCACUUCCAUCUUGAUGAAUUCUUGACUUUGAUUUUAGCACAUGUCCAGUGAAAAUCUGUUUUUCUCUUCACUUUUUGUAAAUCUUUUGCAUAGGAAUAACUGGAUAAAAAAAUUGCUUGAAUGCUUGUAACAAUGAUCUAUCACAUGACCAUGACAUUAGUUAUAUUUUUGAGCGGUCUUGUCAAAAGAAUAUUUUGUAAAUUUAAUUUUUUUUUAGAGAGAAUCAAAAACCAAAAUGAAAGAAAUUGAGAUAUUCAGGUAUGUUUAUGUAUUUUGGUUCAAGCAUCUGUUGCACUGACCUGACCAAAUAUUGUAAUUUCUAGUAUUUAAGAAAGUGGUUGAAUGUACUUUUAGACUUACAGGGUUACAAAACAUUCAUCAAUAUUAUGUAGGAAUGAAAGCACCAAAUAUUUAAAUUGCUGAUGCUACUUCAUUGCUGAAACCAUAUAGAAUGUUACAGAAUUUUAUUAAUGCAAAGUUUCAUGAAAAUAAGUCCUGUCAGUUAGCAUUAAUAAAUUCCUGCAGGAUUUCAAAAUAUUUCCUCUAUUUCUCCAAAUAUAGAUUAAGACUUGAAGUUGUAAAAAUACAUUUUUGCCAUACUUUUGCUGUAUUUAAAACAGAUUUUGAUACAGCUUCUUAUAAAGUAACAAACAUAUGAGAAAUUGAAAUAUUUGUCACUUUCAACACUUUGUCUAAAGUUAACGCUUGAGGUAGGUUAGCAUAUUUGAUUAAUGUUUUGUACAAAGCAAAAUAUUUUGAGAAAAUACGGCAUGGUCUACACUGUUCUGUAUUCGGUCAGUAAAUUUUCAGUGAAAAUCUGUUCGAAUGAUAAAUUCCACUGUCCAAAUUGAAUGAUAGAACAGUCCAUUUUAGAAAUUUAAUGGGGUAAAGGUUCAGUCAGCACAGAUUGUAACAAAACUUGGCACGUACGUGCAUCCUGCUACUUCAGAUAGGUCAGCAAAAAUUUUAGCAAAAUUUAUUUGCAUUAGACAAAGAUGUGACAUAUUGAGAAUUUGUUUUAACUCUAAAUUUUGAUAAAUAUAGAGCCCCGAUUUGAAAUAUACUUUACCUAAAAUAUUUACCUCAAAAUGUUGUGAAUCUUAAAAAAUGACUUGCACAGUUCAUAUAGUGUUCAUGAUUCAUUAUUGUAUUAGUUUUUGGCCCAUAUGGAUAGUUUGAGUACAGUGAUUGUGGAGUUGGUGUCUGGGUAAGUGAAGAAGUUGUUCAUUAAUUAAGAUGAGCCACACCAUGGGAAAACCAACAUAGUGGCUUUGCGACCAGCAUGGAUCCACACCAGCCUGCGCAUCCGCGCAGUCUGGUCAGAAUCCAUGCUGUUAGCUUUCAAGGCCUAUUGGAAUUAGAGAAACUGUUAGCGAACAGCAUGGAUCCUGACCAGACUGCGCAGAUGCGCAGGCUGGUCUGAAUCCAUGCUGGUCGCAAAGCCACUAUGUUGGUUUUCUCAUGGCGCGGCUCAGAUGUAAUUUGUGCCAUUACUGUUGUAUCAUAUUGUUUGUAAUUAAGCCUAUUGUUAAGAAUUAAUAUAAAUUGCACUAAAGUUGUCAUAGUAUAAAUUUUGCAUGUAAAAUUGUUUAGAAUUGUUCUAAAAUUUCAAGAAUUUUUUUUUGUUAAAAAAUUUGUAUUGUAUAUUUGUAUUAAUUCUAUAGAAUUUUACCUUGCAUAGAUAUACUGGUGCAUUUAAUUAGCUGUGACAUGUCAUGGUCAAUUUUCAUGUUGCCAUUUUAUGAUGUAGGAAUAAAACAUAGAAAAGCA